GAGAGGAUCUCUCUCUGUUACAGAGAGAGAGGAUCUCUCUCUAUAACACAGAGAGAUCCUCUCUCUGUACGCUUAAUGAUCUCGCGGUCCACGGUGGACCGCGAGAUCCUCUCUCUGUUGCAGGGAGGGAGUUCUGGUGGACGGCGAGCUCUUUUCCCUCUCUGUUACAGAGGGAGAGAGAGAGAACAGAGAGAGAAAUCUCUGUUACAGAGAGAGAGAUUUCCCUCUGUGGUUCGGGUGGACCAAAUUUUUCCUCUCUCUUCGGGUGGACCAAGUUUUUCCUCUCUCUGUUACAGAGAGAAAGAUAGAUUUGUAUUUAGAAUUUUAAUGGAGUUUGGUAAUAUUAUUGUUGCCUUCUAACUUAUGAUUGGAUCAUUUUCUGUCAGGUACUAUCACCUAGUGGCUCAGAAAUUUGCAAUCUCCAUUGCACUUUGAAGCUUUAAGAAGUAUGGGCAGCAUUGACAAUAGUUCUGAGGAGAAUUAUUCCAGUGAAGAUGAGAUAGUUGAUGAUGAUAAUUAUAAUAUUCUACUAACUGCAACUGUUGGUAUGGUUACUGAAUAUUACACAAAAUAUAUUGAAAAGGAGCCUUGUAGGACCUCUUAUCAAACCGGAUACAAGUUUGUAUCAGAAAUUUUACAUGGCAAUCCAUAUAGAUGCCAACAACAAUUUCGAAUGGAAAAACAUGUAUUUAUUAAUCUGUGCAUGGAAUUGAAAAUCAAAUAUGGUUUAAAGGCUUCUAGAUAUAUUCCUGUUGAGGAGCUGGUGUCUAUGUUUUUGAUGAUUCUAGGACAUGGGUUUGGGAAUAGGAUGGUUCAAGAAAGAUUUCAACAUUCCGGAGAAACAGUUAGUAGAUAUUUCACCCAUAUUUUAAAUGCUGUUUUAAGGAUGUCCAAGGAUAUUAUUAGCCCGCUGGAUAAAGAGUUCAAAAAUAUUCCAAGUAAAAUCCGCGAUGAUCAUCGUUGGUGGCCUUAUUUUAAGGACUGCAUUGGAGCAAUUGAUGGCACCCAUAUACCAGUGAAAAUUUCUCCAUCCAAACAAGUACCAUAUAUUGGCCGAAAAGGGAUUCCUACACAAAAUGUUAUGGCUUGUUGUGAUUUUGAUAUGCGUUUCACUUUUGUUUGUGCUGGAUGGGAAGGUACUGCUCAUGAUACUCGUAUUUUUUUAGAUGCUAUACACAGAAAAAAGCUCCAAUUUCCACACCCACCUAGAGGUAUGCAUUUUAAUUAAAUAUAUUAUAAUAUAGACGUAUGCAUAUUAAUUAAAUAUAUUAUGAUCGCAAGUAUACUUUUUUAACUUUCAUUAAA